AAGAUUCGCAUUUGCUGCCUCGGUUGAACUGUGCUUGUUUUUGAGCCGCCAAUGGCUCCUUUCGGUCACAUUGGGCUUUUUAACAAAGCUGGAAACGCUGGUUCUCAUCAACCGUUAACUUCGAAGAGAGGAAUACAAACAAGAUGGCCAGGACCCACGUUGUUGUCGGUUCCAGACCGUGUUGUUUCUUCUGUGCCAUGGACGAAAAAGACCCUUGUGUUAGAAAAGCAUGGUUAGAGUUAUGUCUGAGAGAUAUGCACAUGACAAGAGACGACACAGAGCUUGCUCUAACACUCAGUUUUAUCUGGAGAUACGCCAUGGCUGACCCCGAGAACCCCGAGUUACCGACUCUCGGGGUCUUUGAGUGCAUGACAAGGUUGAUGAAGAAAGGUCUUGAGGAUGUAGAAUGGGUAAUGACUGGCCAAAAUGUGUUUGUUCCUUACUAUGCUGCUCAUAUCAUUGGAUCUUACACCAUGAAGAACUCUGAGUUUGCUGCAAAAGCUGUGGAGUCUGGGGUCAUAGCUCCAUUGCUUGAGCUUAUGAGAGGUAAAAUGAGUUGGGUCGAGCAAAGAGUCGUGGUUAGGGCGUUAGGUCACUUGGCGAGCUACGAGACAACGUUUGAGGCAGUGGCUGCUUACGAGAAUGAAGUGGUGAGAUUAGCCAUGGAGAUUGCAACGACAUGUGUUGAUGUUGUGUAUGAAGAGUUUGUGAGUGUACAAGUAAAAGAAGAAAGAGUUAGGUAUCACAGUGACUUGCUUACUAGAGGACUUGGAGGGUUAGAGAUGGAAGACCGAAAAGCCGAGGAAUGGGCAAGUCAGCUCCAAUGCUGGUCACUUCAUCUACUCAAUUGCUUUGCUUACAAGCAAAGGUGUAUUUCUCUUAUUUGCAACAAAACCUUUCUCAAGGAGCUUAGCCAAAUGUGGGGUGGAUUGGUUAACCACACUUCCCCCGCAGGAAUCGGUCUAAUCCGGAUUAUUUGCUAUAGUAAACAAGGGCGAAGACAUGUAUCGGGAUCGAGAGAAAUGAUACUUAGUCUAUGCAAUCUCUCCCGGUCUUCUGAUGAUUGGCAAUACAUGGGUAUAGAUUGCCUUUUGCUGCUUCUUAAAGAUCAAGACACAAGGUACAAAGUCUUAGAGAUGUCUUUGUUUUAUCUAGUAGACCUAGUUGAGCUUAAAGCUCUUAACGUCAGACAAAACCUAGGUGAUAGAAUAACUAAGGUUCUUUUAAUGCAUUACCACACAAAGAAAGGUUGUAUUUACUCUCACAAGGCCCAAAAGGCUUUGAAGGAACUAUGGAGGAAUAAAGUAGAGAGGAGAAAGAGGGAGAGAAAGUGUAUGAGUAAGAAUCAAGAAUUUCUGACAGAGACAAGUGUUGUUGUAAAUUUGAUUAAGCAGCAAGCAAACCAAUUGCUUUGUGUAGGAGACAUAGAGGGAGCUAUUAAAUGCUACAACGAAGCGAUAGGCUUAUGUCCUUUGAAACUUAGGAGAAAGAGAAUGAUUCUAUAUAGCCAAAGAGGAGAGUGUUACUUACUUCUUGGAGAUCUAGAUGCGGCUAUAAGUAAUUGCACAAGAGCUCUUUGCUUGUCGGAACCAGUGAAUUCACAUGGUAAGAGUCUUUGGACAAGGUCAAGAGCUUAUGAUAUCAAAGGGCUUUCAAGAGAAAGCUUGAUGGAUUGUAUCAUGUUCGUCAAUGGUCGCUGCUUUCGUGGUAAUAUCCCUUACCAUGCUGCUCAAAUGAUCAGCAAACAGAUGGAGGCUACGUGGCUUUUUGAAGAGGCUAGAAAAUCAAAGCUUAGAAGAAUGAUGCACAAGGAGAAAUAUCACUUAACUGGUUUGUCGACGAUCAAAGAAGAACCUGGGAAGAAGAAGGAAGGAAUGAUGGUGCAAAGGAAGAAACUUGAUCUCUUGGAUUGAUCAAUCUAUGUAGCAUCUUAUUCUGUCUCACUAGUUUUUUUUUCCGUUUUAUAUUAGAAAGUUUGGUACUUUUGUGAUGGAUUAGUAUCGAAUUGUAAAAGAUUUUUAAGUGUUGCAUGACUCAAAAUCAAUAUGUACUACUAGA